AAAUGGGUUCAUUCAUAUGUACCAAUUUGAACCAACAUGGCUCAGUAAAACAUGAAAGUAAUCAAUAGUACAUAAUCAUCAUAAUAAUCAUCCCCUCAUUAUCAUCUCCCACUUAGUACUCAUGAUGAGUGACUGAUGAGUUAUAAUAAUACAAAAGAACAUUCUCUGACAUAUGAAUGCGCAAAUUACAAGAACAAAUAAGGUAAAGAAUAAAGUGUGAUUUGUCAAGAAAGUGUAAAAGCAGAUCCCCUGCAUGCCCACCAUACCAUACUCUUACUUACACCAUGUGUUGGCAUUGAUGCUGCUAUUAUCCCUUGAAAACCUUUUACUAAAGCAAGUUACUACGUGUGCAUUGUGAAAUUAUAUGGCCUAAUGGGUAUUAUUUACAACUCACACAAGACCAAAGAUGCUUGUAAAACUAGAUUGAAUUUGAGAAAGCGAAAUGUUAGCAAUAUACACCGUUUAAUAUUAAGGGUCUAAAUUCAUAUAGAACAAAGGACAUGGCCGAAGUAGUUAGAAUACCAGAUUUAGUGGAAUAAGGCUUGGUUGUUGGUUGUCUAAAUUCAUAUAGAUCAAAACUUAUGUCGGACCUACACAAUUUAGUGAGACUUGUUUGAAUUUCGACCAAUCAGAGUGUGUGCGUUUGGAAGAAUGUGUUAGAAGGUGUGUUGCUAACACGUUAUGAAUAACCAUAAAAUUAAUCCUAACCAGAACAAAUAAAUACACCAAACAACAUACAAUAUGCAGAAAACAAUCCAAGAAAACAGGGGAAAGAAAGAAAAGAGUAAACAAUGAUUUUGAUUCUUAAAUUUGUGAUGUGUUGUCACAAUGGUAUUUGAAUGUAUCAAAAUUAAAAACAAAAAUACAUAAACGAGUCUUUUGUUACUCAUUUUGGUCCUUAAAUGUGUCUUUAGUCAGUUAGUUUAGUACUCGAAUGUAUUUUUGUUGGUCAAUUUAGUUCAUAAAUAAAAUUACUAACAAAAGAGACACUUAGAGAUUUAUUUGUAAUUUCAAUACACUCAGAUACUAUAGUGACGUCUCACAUUCAAAGACCACCAAAAUGGUUGUUUAUCCACAAAAAAAAAAAGAUUUGCGUUUGAUCUACUAAAAUAUAAGGGAUUGAACAACAACUUUAGUUGUACUGUUUUGAUUUUAAAACCAUUUCUAAGACUAGACAAAUUGGGGGACAAGAGACCGGAAAAAACUGAAAUUUUUCCCUCACUAAACCAGAGGACAACUUUUUGUCCUUUGCACAUGGUAUUUAAAACACUUAAAUAAAAAUUUGUUCAAUAACUUAAAUAUUUGUCUUGUAUUGUUAUAUCCCGUAUUUACUUUUUACGAAUCAAAAUGACCCUAUAGUGACAACGCCUCACACAUCUAGCAACCAAAAUGGUUAUUUAUUUAAAAAAAAAAAAAAAAAAAAACUACAAUGGAUGAAGGUUGCAACUGAACCAUUGGCAAAAACAAGCAUUUUUCUUGGUUUUGGUUUCUAGGCAACAAAGAUAGAAAUGUAGUAAUGUACCAUUGAUGCAAUUGAUAUUUUUGGUGAAAAAAUAAAAAAGAGCAACAAAAUGGAAGAAAGAACCUUUGGCAAACAUAAAUUUUCAUUUUCAAAGAUUCUAUACACUAAGACAAAGCAUGUCUUAAGUGUAACACACGAUUCUAUAGAGUAACCAUGCAAAUAAUUCUAUACUAAGUCCAUCCAUGAACAAAGAAAAUCAACCAUAUCUACAAACCAACAAAGUAAAAGCAAAAAAAGUAAAGUGGUCGGUUUAAUCAUCUUUACCUUUAACUUUACCCUCCUCAAUGCAAUUUCAUAAUUAUUUAAUCCUUCUUUUUCAUUCACAACCCAACACAAAACAAUGCAAUUACAUUCUAUUCAAUUAUUCAGAACUAAAACAACACAAAGAAAAUCUCAUACAAAAAAUGGAGAUAUUAUCACAAAUGUGGUCAUUGUUAGGGUUACUCACAGUGUUACAAAAUGUUCUUCCAUCACAGCUUCUCUCUGUUCUUCAUUCACUAUAUGAAUCUCUUCAAGAUUUGCUUUCUCCAUAUUCAUAUUUUGAAAUUCCUGAAUUUAACGGUUACUGUGGAGUUGAACUCAACGAUCUCUACCGUCACGUUCAUCUUUACCUCAACGCCGUCAAUCACUCCCCCGCCGCCGCAUGCCGUCGUCUCACACUCUCACGCUCCCCUUCCUCCAACCGAAUUUCAUUCGCCGUGGCGCCGAAUCACACCGUCCACGACACCUUCAACAACCACCGUCUCUCAUGGACACACCACGUCGACGCCGUACAGGAUUCACUCGAGGAGAAACGUAGUUUCACUCUCCGUUUCCCGAAGCGUCAUCGUCACGCGCUUCUCUCUGCUUAUCUCGGUCAUGUUACUUCACGCGCCGAGGAGUUCGAGCGUGUUUCACGUGAACGGAGACUCUUCACUAAUAAUAACGGAACCGGUUCGUUUGAAUCGGGUUGGGUUUCGGUUCCGUUUCGUCACCCUUCAACAUUUGAAACGCUAGCAUUGGAACCCGAGUUGAAGAAACAAAUUAAAGAUGAUUUAACCGCUUUUGCUUCGGGUAAAGAGUUUUAUCACCGGGUCGGGCGGGCUUGGAAGCGUGGAUACUUGCUUCAUGGUCCACCCGGGUCUGGUAAGUCAAGUCUCAUUGCAGCAAUGGCGAAUUUUUUAUGUUAUGAUGUUUAUGAUUUGGAGCUUACAAAAGUUUCUGAUAAUUCUGAGCUUCGUUCGCUUUUGAUCCAAACGACGAAUCGUUCUAUUAUUGUUAUUGAAGACAUUGAUUGCUCCGUGGAUUUAACAGCAGAUAGAACUAUGAAGAAAAAUGGUGCAAAAUUAUCGUCUAAAUCUAAGAAACAUAAAACGACAUCGUUUUCGGGUUCAGGUUGUGAUGAGAAUACUCGGGUCACGCUUUCGGGGCUCUUGAAUUUCACGGACGGGUUAUGGUCAUGUUGUGGAGAAGAGAGGUUGGUUGUUUUUACAACUAACUAUAGAGAUAGUGUUGAUCCUGCUUUAGUUCGGUGUGGACGCAUGGACGUGCACGUGAGUUUAAGCACGUGCGGGGUCCAUGCGUUUAGGGAGUUGGCAAAGAACUACCUUGGGGUAGAGUCACACGUCAUGUUUGAGGCAGUUGAAGGGUGUAUUCGUUCGGGUGGGUCUCUUACACCGGCGCAUGUUGGAGAGAUAUUAUUGAGGAAUAGGAAGAAUCCUGAUGUAGCAAUGAGGGAGGUGUUGUCUGUUAUGCAAGGUAAGAUGGAUGUUGUUACUGCUGCCGAUCAUACGGAUAAUGAGGAGGUGGGGGUGGUCGCGGUGAGGUCACCAGAGAGUGUUCUUUUAAUGGGGUCGCCGGAAAAUUGGGACUCUUUGAGUGGAAAGAAGAGGAAAGAGCAACAACAUGGAACAAGUAAUCUAGAUAAGAAGGUUAAAUUUUUUGUAAGGUUGAGAUCAUUGACCAAAUCUGACUCUGGAAGAUGAUUUGUAUUUUUAGAGGGAAAUUCAAUGUAGCUAUGUUAUAAGUUGUGGGUUUAGUGUUUUAGGCUUAAUAUAUUUUUUUUGUUACAAGACUAGUAGUAUUAUUUUUAUGUAAAGCAUAUUAGUGCAUUGUUUGAUUCAUCUAGUUUUGUGUGCUCCGUAUGGUACAUUGCAACUAAUUAUUCUUCAAUGCA